GAUAAAAAUGGCAUACACAAUGAGAUAUGAGCCCCACAAGCUGCUGCCUAUAUAUCGGUUCGAUGUGAGAGGAACAAGACUAUCAGAGGAAACGUGUACAGAACAGCAAAUGAAGCAGUGUCAUCUAAGACAAGUCCACCAGCCAGAGAUGCCUGAACUCAUGUUGCCAAAGGACACAUCAACCAAUUUGAAAGAAAUCAACAACAACUGUGAUACUAUUGGAACUGAAGUGACAGAGAAAAGGAAAGCAAAGAAUCUAGCCAAGGACCUGAAAACCCGCCUGUUCUCCGUUCUACUGAACUCCAGUUCUCAACAUCCAUCUAUAAAUUUUAUACCCAACAUGUCAGCAAAACUGAACCUGUCCAUUAGCCUCACUCUUGAGGAAGCAAUGGAAUGGUCGAAGUCUUUAGACAUACUCCUGGCUGAUCCAUGUGGCCUUGCUGCAUUCAGAGCUUUCCUCAAGUCAGAGUUUAGUGAGGAGAACAUUGACUUCUGGUUGGUCUGUGAGGACUACAAGAAAACCAAGUCUUCUGCAAAACUGGGCUCCAAGGCGCAACAUAUUUUCACAGAAUUCAUAAAGAGUGAUGCCCCAAAGCAAGUCAACAUUGAUGGUAAUACCAGAGAUUUGGUCAGCAAAAGUAUUCUACAGCCAACCCCUGCCUGUUUUGAGGUGGCCCAGAGAAUUAUCUUCAGUCUGAUGGAGAAAGACUCUUACCCCAGGUUUCUAAAAUCAGAUGCCUACUUAAACCUGCUAAACAAGGCACAGGGCAGCAACAGCAAUAGGUAAAUGAAGAGUUCUGUCCCAACAGAAAGACAAUUAUAGCAUGGAGCUCCACUGCUGUUUUUCACAUUCCUGAAUGCACCACAAUUCACCACUUCAGAGAGUUAGAGAGAUGGAUCUGCCAGGAAACAGAAAAUAAAACUUGGAACUCAAAAUCAAAUGAACAAUGACUCAGUACAUGACACAGUUAAGAUAACUCAGAAGAAAGGCAAGGGGUGCUGUCUUCAAGGACCAAUACAUUUCUCAAUGCUGCGACAUGUGUAUAUAAUUGCAAGCCUCUACUAUUAUCAAGACCAUUAUUUUUCCUUCACAGGAAGAAUUAGAUGGAGAACUUGUGACAAAUUUGAUUCAGUAGAGGGGCAGAUAUUUUUGUGCAGUUGCAUAUGAACCAAGCUCUCUUAUUAAUGCUGACUGGAUCUUAAACUGAGAAAACAUUUUCUUUAAUGGCUACGACAUAAGCUACGCGGAACCGUUUUAUCAGAUGUUAGUGUAAGCCUCCCAAUACUGAAUAUCCUGCCUGCUUUGCAGAAUGCUCCAUGUCUGAUGUUACAUAAUGUUCUGAUGCAGAAAGAAGGAUCUUGGGUGAACUGAUUAUUUAUUUAUUAUUGCUAUUUUUUUUAAUAUUAAACGGAAUGUUCUGAGCAUAGCAUUAUUGCAAUGGGAUGAGAAAGACUGUGGGUCGUAGAUUGUGCUAACAUGUUGCUAUAGUUAAUGGCAGUUUAUGACCUCAGUUCAUUACAAGUACUUUGGCGUUUUAGGUAGCUUGGAGCUUUUUAACUGCAAAGAAGUUUGUUGGAAAAGCCAGGGCCGUACAAUACAAUGAUGGUGACCGCUAGAAUACCUGAACUGUUACCAUAGUCUUCUGCAGGGACCAGCUUGACACAUUCAUUAGUGCCAAUCUGAUUGCUGAGAAUGAAAGAUUGUUACAGUUCCUUUAACAAAGCUAGGUUUUAGCCGCUACAAAAGUGCAAACGUGAAAUCAUUUACACAGCGCCUCCAUUUACGAGACUCUUAAAUACCUUUGACAACAUUUUUAACACCAGUGAGGCAUCCCAAAGCUGCUUCAAAGGAAUGUAAUCAGACCAAAAUUAACAGAGUCAAAGGAGGACACGUGACCAAACAUUUGGUCAAAGGAAGCUACACCCACCAUGUCUGCCGUUGAUAGUAUUGAUGGACUUCCCAAUGGCAAUUGCAGUACGUUCAACAACACAACAACAUAAUGAAUAAAUUGUAGGUUAUGGUUUGAAAUCCAAAUGUUCCUGAUAACAGUUUCCUUAUCAGAUAUCCUAUUAGGCCAGAUAGCUUUGCUGAUAAGAAAUCAUGACCACCACUGUUCCAGCAAUGUUACCGAAGGAAUAUUGUAUUUUGUAUAGAUUGAUUGCACUAACUUUUGGUACACCCUGGCAUUUUAUUCAUUCUAAUUGCUGAUGUUCAUGAACAGGCAAUAAAAUAUUUGGUGUUGCAAUUAAA